AUGGAAAAUGACGGGGCUGCCGCAAAAAAUCACAGUGAUUUUAGUAUAGACCAUAUUUUAAAUAGAGCCGGUAGUUCUGGGAACACUGUUAACGAUGAUAGUAAUAAUUGUGAAAGUCCGUCAAGUAAUGAAGAAAAUUCAUUUUCUUGGUUACAGUGCACGCGAUUUUGUCCACCAAAAAUACCAAGAAUUUCAAAAAAAGAAAUACCACAGAAACGUCAACUGGGGCGCUACCCCAGAAUUCCCUUUACCAACGAUCAACUGGCCAUCUUAGAAGAAAAAUUCCAAGAAAGUCCUUAUCUAAGCAGCGAAGAGGCCUCGAACCUUUCAAAGAGAUUGCAAUUAGCAGAUGUAAAAGUGAAAAUUUGGUUUCAAAACAGAAGAGCUCGAAAAAGAAGAGAAGAAAUGGGUCAAAGUAGAAAAGAGAAGGUCUCAAAUGUUCAAAAUCAUACGGUAGAAGAAGGAUCUACUAGUACUAGUAAUAGUGGAUUUGUCCAUAGUACUGCUGUAGUACCUUUUAUUUAUAUUAACCCUCAUGGUAUAAUAGAUUUUGGUUCUAGGUGA